CCCUUGGGCCGUGGAUGUAGGAUGUUAGAACAUCAGGACCAAGAGGAGCUGACCACCGUGCGGGUUCAAGAUCCUCGUGUUCAGAACGAGGGCUCGUGGAACUCCUACGUGGACUACAAAAUAUUCCUCCACACCAAUAGCAAAGCUUUCACUGCCAAGACAUCUUGUGUGCGCAGACGGUACCGGGAGUUCGUGUGGCUGAAGAAACGGCUACAGAAGAAUGCUGGAUUAGUGCCUGUCCCAGAGCUUCCUGGGAAGUCUACUUUCUUUGCUGGCAAUACGGAUGAGUUCAUUGAGAAGCGAAGGCAGGGUCUGCAGCAGUUCCUGGAAAAAGUGGUACAAAACGUCGUGCUCCUUUCCGACAGCCAACUGCACCUCUUCCUGCAGAGCCAGCUCUCCGUGCCUGAGAUUGAAGCUUGUGUCCAGGGAUUGGGGCCUCUGAGCGUUACGGAUGCCAUCCUCCAUUACGCCAUGUCUAACUGCGGCUGGGUACAAGAGGAGGAUGGCCACUCAGCUAUCCUGGCUAGAGGGGAUUUGGGUGGCAGCUCUGAAGGAGGAAGCCAUCUUGCCGGAAGUGCUUUUGAGCCCCUCCCUCACUGGAGCGAUGUCAGCAUGGACGACAGCCAGUUGGAGAGUCCAGAUUCCGAAGAAGAGGCACGCCACCAAGCAGGGUUACUCCAAGCUGGCUCCAUAGCAUCAGCUGACCGGGUCAAGGAACAGUGA